AUGUCCGACUCCAUCCCCUCAGCCCACGCCGACCCCGAGCAGCCCCUCCCCGCCAACGCCGAGGACCGCAAAGCCGCCGCCGCCCUCUCCGCCCUCCACACCAACGAGAUCGCCACCACCACCAGCACCGAUAGCCCCUCCAAAGUGCCCUCAACCGCCGACCAGGAAGCUCUCGGAAAGGCAAUGAGUCGGCUCGAGAUCGCCGCUGGCCACAAUGCGGGCAACAAGCGGGCGGCAACCAUCCAGCACACCAAAGACGCGGCCGGAGAGGGGAUCAAGAAGAAGGCCAUCAAGGUCAACGCCGACGACGUCAAUCUUUUGGAAGCUCGCUGGGCUAAUGCGUGGUCGUCCGGGAGGUGGCUGCAGGUUGAUCAAUUGGAUUUGAACAAGCUCAGGGCCACGGAGCUGUUGAGGACUCAUGAGGGAAACGUGGCUCAGGCAAUUCAGGCGUUUAUUGCUCCGGCUGCAUUGGCACAUUGAGGCUGCUGGUCGGUCUUCGGAGGGUAUGGAGCGGAUGGACAGCUGAAUGGGUAUGUAUUACGGUAUAUAGGGGCAUGGUUGGCAUCCGCACUGGUUGCAAACUGUGAAAGCUUGGGCAAGCAGGUGUCUUUUGAUUCACAAGGCUUCAUUUUCAUCCACGAUUGACAGAUCCUCCUCAAAAAAGCUAACUAUGAACCACAAUCCAUCAUGAAGAACAUCAAAUCAUAUCUGGACAUCUCUCAUAAAUUCGUGCCAUCUCAAUCAGUAACCCCACAAGGCCACUGUCACAUCGUACUCGUGUAUGUAUCCAUC